AAUUCAAAUAAAAAGUGCAAUAAAUUGAAGCAACAGUUACUCGUGAAAAAUCCUCAAAUAAAACCAAAGGCUCUCUCUCUACUCCCUCACUCUCCAAACUCGUGAGCCAAAGAGCUCCUUCAAUUGCACGAGCCUCUCAGACCUCCUUCCCCCCUUCAAAUACCCCUUCCCUUCCCUUCAACAUGACCCAUCACUUUACACAUCCACCAUGGAACUCAAAUCUCCACUCUUCUUCGUCUUCGUCUUUCUUCUGUCUCUGUCUCAUGCACACGACGAUAUCCAGACCUACAUCGUGCAGCUCCACCCCGACGGCCCUUCCCGUUCAUACUUCCCCUCUAAGCUCCAUUGGCACCUCUCCUUCCUCGAUAAAUCCGUUUCGACGGAUGAGGAUUCGUCGUCGCGCCUCUUGUAUUCCUAUGGCCUCGCCAUGGAAGGCUUUGCUGCUCGCCUCUCGCCUUCCGAGGUCGAGAUGCUGAAGAGAUCGCAUGAGGUUGUGGCAGUGCGGCCGGACAGAAAGCUCGAGAUUCACACUACUUAUUCGUACACCUUCUUGGGGCUGAGCCCUGCGAGAGAAGGUGGCGUGUGGGCUGAGUCCCGCUUCGGCCGGGGCUCGAUCAUAGGCGUGCUCGACACCGGAGUCUGGCCGGAGAGCCCGAGCUUCGAUGACCGGGGUAUGCCGCCAGUUCCUCCGAGGUGGAAAGGAAUAUGCCAACAAGGGCAGGAAUUCAAUGCUUCAAACUGUAAUAGAAAGAUCAUCGGCGCGAGAUACUUCAGCAAAGGCCACCGUGUCGCCUCGCUGACGUCCUCACCCGACGUUGUAGCAGAAUAUGUGUCGCCCCGCGACUCCCAUGGCCACGGCACCCACACGGCCUCCACCGCCGGCGGAACUACUGUCUCGAUGGCGAGCGUGCUCGGAGGUGGAGGCGGUACGGCUCGAGGAAUGGCCCCAGCUGCGCACAUUGCGGUGUAUAAAGUGUGCUGGUUCAGUGGCUGCUACAGCUCAGACAUUCUUGCAGCCAUGGAUGAAGCCAUCAGAGAUGGAGUGGACGUGCUUUCCCUCUCGUUGGGAGGCUUCCCGGUGCCCCUCUACGAGGACACUAUAGCCAUCGGUAGCUUCCGAGCUAUGGAACAUGGCAUAUCAGUGAUAUGUGCUGCAGGAAACAAUGGUCCAAUUCAGAAUUCUGUUGCAAAUGAGGCUCCUUGGAUUGCAACCAUCGGGGCAAGCACCCUCGACAGAAGGUUCCCGGCCGUGGUUCGACUAGGUAACCGGAAGCUUCUAUACGGAGAAUCCAUGUACCCGGGGAAAGGAAUCGCAGCGGCUCAGAAAGAGCUCGAGCUGGUAUACAUCACAGGCGACAAUAAAGGCAGUAACUUCUGCUUGAGAGGGUCUCUUCCGAGGGCAAAGGUACGAGGCAAGAUGGUCGUCUGCGACCGCGGUGUUAACGGGAGGGCCGAGAAGGGUCAGAUUGUAAAGGAAGCCGGUGGUGCUGCCAUGAUCCUAACCAACACCGAGAUAAACUUGGAAGAAGAUUCAGUGGAUGUCCAUGUCCUCCCAGCAACACAGAUCGGUUCUGACGAAGCAUUUCACCUCAGAAGCUACAUAAACUCGACGAAACUGCCUAAAGCAAGAAUCAUCUUUGGAGGAACGGUCGUAGGGAAGUCCAGAGCACCUGCAGUUGCGCAGUUUUCAUCGAGAGGGCCAAGUUACACUGACCCUUCAGUUCUGAAGCCAGACAUAAUCGCCCCGGGGGUCAACAUCAUUGCUGCGUGGCCUCAAAACCUCGGCCCCAGCGCCCUUCCAGAAGAUUCUAGAAGAGUGAACUUCACUGUCAUGUCAGGAACAUCCAUGGCAUGCCCCCAUGUCAGUGGUAUCGCAGCUCUGCUUCAUUCGGCUCAUCCAAAAUGGACGCCUGCCGCCAUCAAAUCUGCACUCAUGACGACCGCAGAUAGGCACGAUCAUCAAGGAAAACCAAUAAUGGACGGAGAUAAGCCUGCUGACCUCUUUGCAACUGGAGCAGGGCAAGUGAAUCCCGGAAGAGCAAUCAAUCCGGGAUUGAUAUACGACAUCCGACCAGACGACCACAUUACUCAUCUAUGCACACUCGGAUACAGAAGAUCAGAGAUAUUCAGCAUCACUCAGAGGAACGUGAGCUGCCACGACCUCUUGCGGAAGAACAAGGGUUUCAGCCUCAAUUACCCCACGUUUUCCGUCAUCUUCAAAAACGGAGAUACAACAAAGACGAUAAAAAGACAAGUAACAAACGUGGGCAGCCCCAAUUCCAUCUACUCGCUGGAACUGAAGGCACCCAAGGGAGUCACAGUGAGAGUUAGACCACGUCGCCUGACAUUCAGACAUGCGAACCAAACUCUGAGUUACCGAGUUCGGUUUAUAUCAAAGAAAAGAAUCAAGACAAAGGAUACGAGGUUCGCAGAAGGGCACCUGACAUGGGUGAAUACGAGAAGCUAUAACCGGGUUCGCAGCCCAGUUUCAGUGACAUGGUCAUCAACAAAGUGACAUAACAUCAUUCUAAUAAAGAAUGCAUUUUACAGUAUCAUACCUAGUUUCAUUUCCAACUUCGAGAGUUAGGAUCGAAUAUGAGAUAUCCAUCCACCCAUGUAUUCAAAAGGUAGACUAUUUCUCUGUUAGGACAGAAGAUAGUUCACAAUACACAAUUUGAGAAUGCAAGCUUUCCCAUUGCUACACAACUUUGCUCAAGCAGUUCAGUCUAUCAAGUCCUACUUAAUCAACUGAGUUAAAACAAACAAACUGAUAUGCAAGACAAAGGAACCAAGUAGCAAAGCCCUUCAUACCUUGAGGGGUAUCUUAUCAAAUGACAUUUACCUUCUCAGUAUGUCCCAAAUGUAGUAGAUUUCCAAC